CGAGAGCCGCCGUCUUCAGCCGGUCUCGCACAACCAAUCCGGUUCGAGCUUCUUUCCGCGGUGUCCGCACGUGAACGGAGCAGCGUGUCCGUUUCAGGGCUAACAUUUGGGCUUUAAUUACUCUUCUAGCUCUCGUCUUUAAAAAUGGCCAAAAGUCUUCGGAGCAAAUGGAAGCGAAAAAUGCGGGCUGAGAAGAGGAAGAAAAAUGCCCCCAAGGAGCUGGCUCGACUCAAACAGGCUCUGAGUUUGGAUAAGAAAGGAGAGGCGGAUAUGAGCGACCUGCAGGACAUCGCCACGGUAGUGCCGGCCGACAAGAUAACGAAGCAGACGGACGUUGAAAUGGCAGAACAGGAGGAGGAGGAUGGCGGGAAGAUGGACAUGGACAAGAAGCGCAACAAGAAAACUCUCCUGGACGAGAAUGGACAGUACCCCACGUGGAUGAACCAACGACAGGCCAAAAAAAUGAAAGCUAAACGGGUGACUAAGAAAACGGGCAAGGUCAAGAAGAAGAAGGGAAUCGCCUGGUAAAGCAAACCGAGGUGUUUUUUUUUUUCUUCCUAAGACUGUGGAUCUAAACUUUCUGCCCUGGCAGACUCAUCAUGAAGGCUCAGAACAGCCUGAUCUAUUUUGUUCUCCUGGGACAUCAGCUCCUGUCAACAGACUCACCUGUGGCCUUUUCUGUUCAAAUAAAAUUACAUGAAUAGAAAUGGUUCAUUUGGACCCUUUAAGUAUAGAAAAUGUCUUAAAGUUUGAUAUUUUGUCUAAAAAGCAAAAGUG